GAUCUGUUUCUCCAGCGCUGAGUUCAGGCUUCAGCUCUUCAGUCAACAGCAGAAGGACAACUGACAACAACAAGAUGGCCGGAGUUUGUUUACUGACUUUCAUCGCUGGUAUACUGCUGAAGGAGUACGGACUGGCCGCUGUCAUCGCUGAGGAAAACACAGGAGCCGUGUUUGUGUCUCAGAGGCAGGCGGACACGGUGCUGCGUCGCAUCCGCAGGUUCAACACCCCUUUAGAAGAAGUGUUUAAAACAGCUAACCUGGAGCGGGAGUGUAGAGAGGAAACCUGCUCCAUGGAGGAGGCCAGGGAGGUGUUUGAGGAUAUUGAACAAACUAUGACUUUCUGGGCCAGCUACAUCGAUGGGGACCAGUGUCAGCCUCCCCCCUGCCAAAAUGGAGCUUCGUGUGAAGACGGGGUCAACAACUAUGUCUGCUGGUGCCAACCAAAUUUUGACGGCAAGGACUGUGAGAUUGAGGUGACCGAGCAGUGUUCGGUCAACAAUGGUGGAUGCUCCCAUUUCUGUUCCAUGAAGAAAGAUCAACCCGUGUGUCAGUGUGCGGCCGGUUACAGACUGGGGCCAGACAAGAGGAGCUGUGAACCUAGAGAACCAUUCAGCUGUGGCCGCGUGGACACCAGGUUCCUCCAAACCCCGCGGUCAUUAAACACAACACACAGCUCUGAGAGAAAAGACAAUUCCAGCGACACCCUGCAGGAUUACCUCUAUGAGGAUGAUCUAAUGGAGUUUUAUGAUGACUACAACCUCCGUACAAAUGACUCAGACCUGUCCAACAUCUCUCUGGCCUCUGCAGCAAAGAUCAGAUCAGUGAGGUCGGAUUCAAGCUUCGAGCAGAGUGAUGUCUCUGAAGUGGCCUCAGAGAAAGAGCUACUGCCAUCCUGGUCUUUCUUCCCCACACUCCCCACCAUCAUAGAGAAAAAAGAAAUUGGCACGAGGAUUGUGGGAGGCAAUGAGGCCAUUCCUGGAGAAAUACCUUGGCAGGUGGCCCUGAUGUUUCACUCAACCGUCCUUCAUAGAGCGCAGCCGUUCUGUGGAGGAUCUCUUCUCACUGAGUUAUGGGUCAUCACCGCUGCCCAUUGUCUGUUGCCGUCGGAUAACUCUAAAAGUGGUUUCUUUGUCAGAGCUGGUGAACAUGAUGUGAACAAGGACGAGGGUCCGGAGCGAGACCAUUUGGUUGCAGAGCAGCACAUCCACCCCUUGUACAAUGACAAGAAGUCCAAGUUUAACCACGAUAUUGCUCUGCUGAAGCUCGCCAAUCCAGUGGAACUGUCCAACGAGCGCCGUCCCAUCUGCUUCGGCCCCAAAGACUUUAUAGAAAACCUCUUGAGGGACUCGAGCAGCUCCACGGUGAGUGGCUGGGGCAGGUUGAGGUUUCAGGGCCUCGAGGCCACCAGGCUCCAGAAGCUGGAGGUCCCUUACGUGGACCGGACCCUGUGCAAACAGAGCAGCCGGGACCACGCCACGGUCGUCACGCGCUACAUGUUCUGUGCCGGGUACUCGAGUGAGAUGAAGGACUCGUGCCAGGGGGACAGUGGGGGGCCCCAUUUCACCAAAUAUAAAGACACUUGGUUCCUGACCGGCAUCGUCAGCUGGGGGGAGAAUUGCGCCGCGGACGGGAAGUACGGAGUCUACACUCGAGUCUCAAGGUACUACGCGUGGAUCAGUCAGAAAACAGGCCUUCGAGUUAAGAACUGACCGCGUAACACAGCUGUCAUGAAAACAUGCAGAGGAAGUGAACUACUGAAUGAUGUUAAUGUGGAUUCUUCAAUAAAGGUAAUUCAAAUAU